AUAGUGUCUUUUUCCUUCUCUGUUAUUCAAAAGCUCAUUAAAGGAACCUAGUAUGGAAAGUCUGAUGGCUUUAUGCACACUAGGACUUGUAAAGGAGGAUGUUACGCUUGCAACAGCAGCCCUGAAAGAAUUACUCAAACAUGGAAAAGGGAAGGAUAAGAUCUAUGAGAGGUGCCUUAUUGCAUCUGCUGUUUAUGCAUUGCAAGGCAGAAAUGUGGGGGUCCAGAGAGAAAUCUCCAAAGCAAUACACAGUUACCCUGAUAAUCCUGCCCCCUGGUCUCUUCUGUCUCGACUGGUUCCACUGUAUGUGCCACAAAAGGCAAAAGGGGGAGCUGUGGCAGGAAAUGUUGCACAUGCACUUGAUGUAAACUGCGCAAAGGAAGUCCUGGUGAGCAUAGCAGUUAAUCAGCUGGCAGCAGGACAUCACAUGUUAGAAGAUGAGAAAAACAAUCCUCUGAAAAAUAUUCAGAAGGCAAUCCACCUGUAUCCAGAUAAUCCUACUGCCUGGGCAGUUCUCAUGGCAGCCUGUCAUGCUGAAAACACCAUUGUCUGUCUAAACAACACUCAGCCAAAGCGAACGGAUCUAGAGAUGACACUUGUAUCUAGAGUUUCAGCCAAAACUGGAGAAAAUAAUCUCCCAUGUCAUUACGUCCAGACUCUUGAAGACUGGUGUCUCUGUCAAGCUAUUACCAGUCUGGAGGAGACCGGUAAACUCUCAGAAGCUGAAGCCCUUUGUACCAAGGGUUUAAAAAGCUGCCCUGAGCAUCCAGCUUUGUUUUUGCUUUUGAGACAAAUUCAGUGUAAGCAGCUGUUGCAGUCUCACAAAGAACUUCCAGACAACAUCCUGGAGGAGCUUCACAAGACAGUGAUGACCAGAUCAACUUCAAUUGCAGCCUGGCAAUGGCUGGCAAACGUGUAUCAGUCUCAGCGAAUGAUGGUUGGAGCAGAGAUGUGUUACAGAAAGAGUCUGCAGUUGGCAUCACAGCAGGGCAGCUGGAGCGGGAAGUUGUCCAGUCUGCUCAGGCUAGCUAUGCUCGCACUGGAAGUCUGCAUGGCUAAUGUCUCAAAUGAGCACUGGCCAUCCUUGGUUCAGGAGGCAACAACUGAAGCUUUGAAACUCACUUCUUGUCCCCUGGCAACUCUCCUACAAGCACUGCUACAAUAUAAUCGCAAAAUGGGAGCAAGGGAGACUCGUCGAAUGCUGGAGAGAGUGGUUUAUCAGCCUGGAAAUCCGGAAACCAUGGUGUCAGUGGCACGCUGGUACCUCCUGCAACAUCUUUAUGCCAAAGAUGAUCAAGAAUUAAUAGAUGUGCUUAUAGAAAAUGCCAAAGCCAACGGAGAUGCUAGAGCUCUGGAACUAAAUGAGAAAUUGUCAGCAAGUGCCUAGUAUGGACUACAUCAAGUGAAAAGUCUUCCAUUCAUGCAACUUAAUAGUCAGUCUUCCAAGGCCUGAUGUUGUUUGGGAUUUUUUAUUUGUGUCGGUUUUGUUGGUUGUUUUUGGUUUUUUUUUCCCGUUGCACCAACUACAAUUUUGUCCUUAAUUUCACUUUUUCUUGAAAAAAGUAGGUUUUUUUCCUGUUCACAUGGGGGGUUCCACCAUAAAAAAAAUUACUUUAUUUGAAAGAAAAACCCCAAAUUUUGCUUUCGUUUUCUUCCUCACUAGAACUUCAGCACUAUUCACAGUAGAGAGUACUCGUAUGUAUUUCCCCCCUUUGCAACACACAGAAGUACAGUAUUAAAUAUAAGUUUUUCUUGGAACAGAAUUUUACUAGCCAGGUAGCAGCAAACUUUUCUUAUAGAUAUUGUAAAACAUUGAAAGAUUUAAAAUGUCUGUAUUCGUCUGUUAUGCUUUCUUCUGCAGUUGAGACCCAAAUCCACUUGGAACUUCAUUAUACUUUUAAAAUAUAUAUUUAGUUAAUUUUUAGUAGUGUAUCCUCUUGACUGCAGGCUUCGGUAAACAUUCCCAUCAAGAAAAGCUUAUGAUCAUCAGGGACUGGGUCAUAUUUACAAAUGUGUAUAACAGGCUCUGUUUAUGUCUUGGUGAUUCUGCUGCUGAGUGCUUAAUUGGAUGAAUCAUGACUGUGGUUCUUCAGGCAUGUUAUUUUGCCUUUACUUACAUGAAAUAAAAGAAAUAAAGCAA